GAUGUCUGGUUGGCGAGAAACUCAAAAAAGAGGAGGAGAAAGAGAAAGUUUUUGACAGGGAAAUUUUGAAGAGACGAGCCAAAAAUAUCUGUUUGAAACGGAAUUGAAGACGAGAGCCACUCCCCACUGUUUCCACCUUUCUUUCCAUGAUUGGUUAGUCUCUCUAUCUGUCCGUCCGUGCUUGGUCGUUCCAAGUCUGAAUGUGUGGAAUUUCGAUAUUCCUCCACAGGUGUUGUAUAUAAGGUUCGAGGAGCAAAGUAAGGCUACUUUUUUUUUUUAAUCUGAUUUUGACAUGGAUUUUGCGUCUACUUUUCAACGGCCGACUCUAUUUCAUGGUGGAGCCGGUGCGAGUUACUGCUUUCCAAAUCGAUUUAUAAGUCCCAAAGGAAUCAACAUUACGUUUGGGGAUUCUAAAGUGCACUCGUGUUUUCGAUUGAAUUUGAAUGCGUGUUUCUCUGGAAGGUUUUAUACUGGUCAUUUGCAUUCUACAAAAUCUAUACUUGGCAAUGGCCGCCAAGCCAAAAGAAUCCCUUUUGCCGAUACUAGUAAUGAUCGAAUCAGGGAAUCUUCCGGAAGUAGUGAUGAAAGUGAUGCUACAGAUUUGAAAGAAGAAAAAGAUGUUAGAGUCGAAAACGAAACUGAUAGUUUGGAGGAACUCAAGGAGUUACUUCAAAAGGCAAUUAAAGAGUUGGAAGUUGCUAGACUCAAUAGUACCAUGUUUGAGGAAAAGGCUCAGAGAAUCUCAGAAAGAGCCAUAGCACUCAAGGAUGACGCUGCUACUGCUUGGCAUGACGUAAACAAAACCCUUGAUGUCAUUCGAGAUACUGUUGAUGAGGAAUCUCUUGCUAAAGAAGCUGUUCAAAAGGCUACUAUGGCGUUAUCUCUUGCUGAAGCUAGGCUCCAGGUUAUAGUGGAAUCACUUGAAGCUGGUGCAGGGAAUGAUAUUCCACAUGUGUCUGAAGAGACUGAGAAAACAGAUGAUGUGAAAGAUAAAGAAGAAGCUCUUUUAGCUGCCAAGGAUGAUAUUAAAGAAUGUCAAUUCAAUUUAGAAAAUUGUGAGUCCCAACUAAGUUGUUUGCAGAGCAAAAAAGACGAGCUGCAGAAGGAACUGGACAAGUUGAAUGAGUUCGCUGAGACAAUACAGAUCAGUGCGUUGAAAGCCGAGGAGGAUGUCGCCAAUAUUAUGAAAUUGGCUGAACAAGCUGUAGCAUUUGAGCUUGAGGCUACUCAACGUGUUAAUGAUGCAGAGAUUGCUUUGCAGAGAGCAGAGAAGUUUCUCUCCAUUUCUCAGACCCCAGAGGAAACUCAGGGCCAACUCUCGGACGAAGAAACUCACGACGAGGAUGAGGUGGUACUUUCAGGUAACGUUGAAGAUGUUAGCCAUCAGGUUGAAAAAGAAUCACCUAUUGGUGGAGAUCUAUCAGUGGUACAGAACACAUCUGAUCUAGUACCUGAUUUAGUUGGUCAGAAGAUUCAAAAGCUAACUCAGCCUUAUGAGUCAAGUGAUAAUGAGAAUGGAAAGCCAAGUGUAGAGUCUUCUAAAGUGGUUGAAGCAGAUUCUGAAAAGCCAAAGAUUAAUGUUCAGACGAAAAAACAGGAAACACAGAAAGAUCUGCCAAAGGAGGGUUCCUCUCUUAAUUCUCCCAAGGCAUCGUUUAAUAAAUCCUCCCGUUUCUUUUCUGCAUCUUUCUUCUCUUCCAAUCCAGAUGGGACCGCGACAGUCUUUGCUAGUCUGGUUGGUUCUGUCAAACAGCAAUGGCCCAAGCUAGUACUUGGGUUUGCUCUUCUUGGAGCAGGACUGACAUUAUACUCCAAUGGAGUAGGGGGGAACAACCAGCUGCUUCAACAACCAGAUGUUACCAGCACUAGUACAGAAGAUAUCUCUUCCAGUACAAAGCCAUUGAUCCGGCAAGUGCAGAAACUUCCCAAGAGAUUUAAGAAACUACUUGAGAUGCUCCCUCACCAGGAGGUCAAUGAGGAAGAAGCUUCCCUUUUUGAUUUUUUGUGGUUACUGCUAGCAAGCGUUAUAUUUGUGCCUCUAUUUCAGAAAAUUCCUGGAGGCAGUCCUGUUCUUGGGUAUUUGGCAGCUGGAAUUCUGAUUGGUCCUUAUGGUCUUUCGAUAAUCCGUAAUGUGCACGGAACCAGGGCCAUCGCAGAAUUUGGAGUUGUUUUCUUGCUUUUCAACAUCGGCCUUGAGCUAUCUGUUGAAAGACUGAGUUCCAUGAAGAAAUAUGUUUUUGGAUUAGGCUCCGCUCAGGUUCUGGUCACAGCAGCAGUAGUUGGAUUGAUUGCCCAUUAUGUUGCUGGUCAGGCUGGUCCAGCAGCAAUAGUGAUUGGAAAUGGCCUGGCUCUGUCCUCCACUGCUGUUGUCCUUCAGGUUCUACAAGAACGAGGUGAGAGUACAUCUAGACAUGGAAGGGCUUCAUUUUCCGUCUUGCUUUUCCAGGAUCUAGCUGUAGUUGUUUUACUGAUUCUCAUCCCACUUAUUUCACCUAAUUCAUCGAAAGGAGGGAUUGGAUUCCAAGCCAUUGCUGAAGCUCUUGGGCUUGCUGCAGUCAAAGCAGCAGUGGCUAUUACUGCCAUAAUUGCUGGUGGCCGUCUUCUUCUUCGACCAAUCUACAAGCAAAUUGCAGAAAAUCGAAACGCCGAGAUAUUCUCUGCCAACACGCUUCUCGUUAUUCUUGGGACUAGUUUACUGACAGCUAGGGCUGGACUUUCCAUGGCAUUAGGAGCGUUUUUGGCUGGUCUACUCCUUGCAGAGACAGAAUUUUCGUUGCAAGUAGAAUCAGAUAUUGCUCCAUAUCGUGGUCUUCUGCUGGGACUCUUCUUCAUGACAGUUGGCAUGUCAAUUGAUCCGAAAUUACUUCUCUCCAACUUCCCUGUCAUAGUGGGAACUUUGGGACUCUUGAUUGUGGGAAAGACUAUGUUAGUCGUGAUUAUGGGAAAAGUGUUUGGCAUUUCAAUUAUAUCUGCAAUUCGAGUCGGUCUACUAUUGGCCCCAGGCGGAGAAUUUGCAUUUGUUGCUUUCGGAGAAGCUGUUAAUCAGGGUAUAAUGUCUCCUCAGUUAUCUUCGUUGCUAUUUCUUGUCGUGGGAAUCUCAAUGGCUAUCACACCCUGGUUAGCUGCUGGUGGCCAGUUAAUUGCAUCUCGAUUUGAGUUGCAUGAUGUUCGAAGUUUAUUGCCUGUUGAGAGUGAGACGGAUGAUUUACAGGAUCACAUAAUUAUUUGCGGAUUUGGUCGAGUUGGUCAGAUAAUUGCUCAGCUUCUCUCGGAAAGACUUAUCCCAUUUGUUGCCCUCGAUGUCAGCAGUGAUAGAGUGACUAUUGGGCGUUCUUUGGAUCUUCCUGUUUAUUUCGGAGACGCUGGUAGUAGAGAGGUUCUCCACAAAAUUGGAGCUGAGAGAGCAUGUGCUGCUGUGGUUGCCUUAGACGCACCAGGAGCAAACUACAGAUGUGUCUGGGCUUUGAGCAAGUAUUACCCCAAUGUCAAAACUUUUGUCCGUGCACACGAUGUUGUUCAUGGUCUUAAUCUAGAAAAAGCUGGUGCUACUGCGGUUGUCCCGGAGACUCUGGAGCCUAGUCUACAGUUGGCAGCUGCUGUUCUUGCUCAGGCAAAAUUACCGACAUCGGAAAUUGCAAACACGAUUAACGAGUUCAGAACCCGUCACUUGUCUGAACUGACCGAGCUAUGUGAAGCAAGCGGAAGCUCUCUAGGCUAUGGGUACUCGAGAACGAGUAAGCCUAAACCUCAACCGUCAGAUGCAUCUGGCGAUAACCAGAUAAUCGAAGGAGGCACAGUCGCAAUCUGAGACAUUCUGGUGAGAAAAAGAAGAGUAUUUCGCCUUCUUGUGGCGGCCAUUUUUUGCUGGUAGUUUCUUUCAUGGAAAAUGGUAUGUCCAUUUAAACCACCAUCACCAACUUGGGUUGCAGAGUAUGGUGAAGUGAUGGAUCCAUCAUCCAUCAGAUGAUGUGUAGUGUAACUAUAUAUUCAUCAUGUUCAGUACAUAUCUCUCAUUUAAGUCUUUGAUCUCAGAACAAGUAGAUUUGAACAAAUCAUAGCAAUUCUCGGCGGCAGUAAUAACAAUUGAAACUACCUCCCGUUCUUGUAC